ACUCGGGCUGUAUAGAGAUUCUAUAUCUAGAUCUAUAUAUAAUAGAUAUAGAUCUAGGUCUAUUUCUUUGAAUUAAUUAAUAUUGUAGAUCCAGAAUAUGUAAUAAACAAUAUAGAUCUAGACACAUAGAUCUAGAAUCUAGAACCGAUCUAGAGUGACUAGAGUCCUAGACACAUACUUCACAUAGAAUAGACAUAGAUCUAGAGAUAGAUCUAGAUCUAGUAUUCUAGUGACAGUCUGUCACAUAGAGUUAGAGUAGAAAUAGUAAGUAGAGUUCUAGAUCUAUCUACUAGAACCGAUCUAGAUUCUAGAUCUAGGUUCUAUCUGUUGCAAUAAUGGAUCACUGCAUAAAUUGGUUAAUGUGCUAGACCAGUAAGAUUCUUUUUUUGUGUGUAAAGUAUUAAAAUAUGCAGAUGUCACUGUUUUAGUGUUUAGAGAAAGACAACCAUCUAGCUAAGAAAGCAACAAAACACUCUUAACUGCAAGAUCAGCUUAAAUUUAAAACAGAUCUGUAAAUGUCUGAAGAAAGUGGUGUUUGGCUGUCAACAUCAAAGCCACCUAAGGGUUUUCAGCAGACUCUUUCUAAGCAUAACAAGGCAAUUUUUGCUAAGAAAAGGCCACCCAAUAAAAUGGUGACAACCACAUUUUUCAGUGCCAAUCUAACACAGAAUUCACCUCCUCCUACUCAACUCUUGACUGCCAAGAAACAGAGCUGUCUAACAGAUUACUUUGGGAAAGGAAAAAAAAACAAAUUGGAGAACAUCAAUACAGACUGUACAGCAAAUAGAGAGGUUGUCUCUCUAAGUAACACCCAGGCAGGCUGUGCAGCUAAUGCACAUUCGUAUUGCUCAGGUGAGAACUCAGACUUGCCAACGUCCAAUAAUGUAAGCAUAGACAACUCUGAGGCACAACUUUGCAAAAUACCACAGAGCAAACCAUGUGUUGGAGGAAAUGCAGUCGAGUGUGAAAUAAUAUCACAAACUUCUAACAACGGUGGUCUAAAAUCACCUGCUAAAAAUUUUUCUCAUCUUGAGAAAUAUCAAUAUGAUUUGAAAACAGGUGUCUCAUCCAAGUACCUACAUGACAAAGAGAACAUUCCAAUAUUCUACAGUGAAUAUAGUGUUGGUGGAUAUGCAGAACAAAAAUUAACUCCAGGAAACUCCAUCAACAAUCAUAGCACUCUUCAAAUUAAUGAAGAUAUAAAUCCAAAUAAAAGCUCAGCAACAAUUCUGAAGUUGAUAGAUGGUCAAAAUGAAGAGUUAUCCAAUUUGAAUAGUGACUUCAUCACAUCCUUCACUGAUAACAUAUUGCCGUCCACGUGUGAUCAUAAAACAGAAACACUUACUUUUACUGAGGAUGGGGAAAGUCUGUCCUUCACUGACAACAUGCACUCUUGGUGUCAAAAGAUGAACACUCAGAAUGAACAUUUAUUUCAUGCUAGAAAACAGCAAAACUACAUGGACAUGGGAACAUUAACUUUUACUGAAGAAAUAACAAAAUGAUGAACAAAAACCAUGUUUUAUUUUGUUCAAAAGUAACAAUUAAAAAAAUAAUAAAAAGUUACACACAUAUAAAAUAUUUUGAAUCAUCAAUAUUUUUCUUCUUUUUAUUUUAGGAUUCAAGUGUAUACAAUUAAAUUUAAUAACUAGUACAGUAACAGCGAAAUAAAAUUAAUGAAUAUUUUUAAAGAAAAGAAGAUAAUAUUUAUACUUUACGAAAUAGGGUUUAUAACCAUUCUAGUGUCUGCUAAUUUUAAUAUUAUUUAGAGUGAGAUUGGAAAUGCAAUAUUGAUUUCAGAGAUUUACUUUUAAUUAAUACUGAAGCUAAUAAAGAUGGUAAAAUUGGCCAUGAAAAUAACAAUAAACUCAUUAUGUUUUCUAUUAA